AUGAAUGCCCUCCAUCUGGGGUCGGGAGCAGUGGAGCUGUGCAGAAAGGCAGAUAAAACCUACACAGCUGGAGAUGUUCAGAGAGCUGCAUUGCUGUAUACACAUGCAUUUGGGUGCAAUGCAGGAUCCACUAUGGCCCAUAUGCACAGCUUAAACAAAACCUGUAAAGAACAGAUUAUUUCAAGUCUGGAAGCUUGGCUUGAUGGACAUGAAGUGACACAGAAGGCCAUGGAAGGCAUUAGCAAAGGAUUGGGUGCAGUAUUCCUGUCAACCUUGUGUCCCAAUAAUGUUUCUGCUUCAGUUUUUAAAAUGGAGUCAGUCCUGCUAGGGGCUGCUCAUGGCUCUGAUGAGAUCUUUGCCCGAUGUUCAUCUCUUCUGGUGGAAAAAAGGUCACCAUGUCCACAGGGUCCUACACGGGUUAUUGUGGAGUUAACUAGAGCUCUUGCCUGCUUGAUUUCAGAUCCCCAUAACCCAAAAGGCCCUCUUCUGUAUCUGCAGGCUUUCCUUGCAAAUAGGUCAGAGACAGUGAGACUGGUCAAAGGUCGGCAUGCGGAGCAUUUGCCUCGAAUAAUCAAAGCCUUCUUUGAGCAAAUGUCCCCCAAAUUCCCCAUGCUCCACAAUGAAGGCAAAAUAGACGACACUCUUAAUUAUGAAAAAAAGACUGAGGAUUUCCCCCCUUCUGAAUCGAUUGAAUUUUUAGUAGCUAUUUCACCUGAAAAUACACUAGUGAGAGAGCUUCAAGGAGCUGUGUUGUUUUUCUUGGGCAUAUUUGAUAAAAGUGCUGAGGCUUUGUCCCUUGCUCUGCAACUGGCUGAAUUUCAGACAGAUUCAAAAACAAACCUGGAUCUGGUUCUAAUGGGAGUGACACCAGAGCGGAGAGCUAGUUUACUUGUGGCAAAAGCAGCUGCCUGUUUUUCAGCAAGUGGACGAGUGAGUGAAGCUUGCCAAGACCUUGCCGAAGGUUUUGCGGUCCACCCUGCGACAGCCAGACACCAGUUCCAGAAGAUAUUCUCUAAUAAUGACAUUGCAGCGGUGGUACGUUUUGAAUUGCGACAUCAGGCUGAGAGAGGCCUGUCUAGCUUUAGGGAGACAGUUAUUCAGAGAUCUGACCUGCGUUCCUGCGCAGGUGUGGAGCUGCUGGAUCCUGUCAUUGCCCAACUUCGAGCUCUGUGUCACCUGGAGCCUGAUGGAGGUCCACGGGAGCUGCGUGUCCGACUGGCAGACUGUCUGCUUCUGCAUGGAGAGUUCAAAGAAGCACUGUCCAUCAGUAGCCAGCUUGCUGCAGCCUCGCCUGUGAACUACCAGAACACCGUACAGGUACUGCGUGGAUUUUCCCGGCUCCUAACUGAGGACCACCAAGGAGCUAUGGAGGAUUUCCAGGCCGUGAUUGAACAUAGUGCUCCUCAUCCUCUGAGUUGUGUGCGUGCUCUGUGUGGAAGGGGCCUAUUGCGCAUGGUGGCUGGCUCACAUUACCUCACUGCACUCGACUACAUUACGGCAAGUCAACUUCAGCAUCAGGACACAGCACUGACCAUCAGGUGUCUGGUGCCCUGGAACUACCGUGGCCUGCUGUGCACCGUGUUGCUUGAGCAAGGGAGGGCCAUGCUGGAAGAGUUUGCAGGGCAGAGAAAUACUUCAGGUGCUAAUACAAUUCAGGAAAAUCAAGUUAACAACCAUCUACCAGCUGCCAAACAGACAAAAGACCAUCAGUCCAUGAUGACAAUAGAUGGCAACACUAUCAACAAAGAAGGAAUGCCAACAGGAGUACAUGUGCUUGCCCUUCUCUUGAUGGAGUUGCAGCAGGUUGCAGACUCACCCCAGAUCCUUGCGGCAGAUGCCCUUUACCAGCUGGGCCGUGCUGAGGAGGCAUAUCGUAUUCUCCUCUGCAUGGAGCACGCAUCUCCUCGCUCACCUGUCCUUGCCCGGCUCGCUCUGCUCCAGCUGCACCGGGGCUUCCUGUAUGAUGCCAACCAGUUACUGAAGAAGCUUAUCCACUGUGGGGACACUAGCUGUUUAAGCUCUCUGCUGUCUGUGGCAGCUCUAAAGGACAAGGCACUUCUAGAGAAACACUGUCAUUGUGCAUCAAAACGCAUCUUGCAUAGCCAACAAGAGGAAAGUGCCAUUAGGGAGGCUGUGGCCUAUCUCUCUAUUGCCAUUAUGGCUUCAGGUGGCCAAGCAUCAGACUCUUUAUUGGAGAGAGCUAGAUGUUACGUUUUACUGGGCCAAAGGAAGACUGCCAUUUUUGACUUCACUGCUAUUCUUAAGGAGCACAGAAAUCAUGUCCAAGCUCUGUGUGGAAGAGGGUUCACUUAUCUAAUGUUAAACCAACAGAAGGAAGCCAUACAAGAUACACUAGCAGCUCUUCAGGUUGAUGAAGCAGAGGUGACUCAGAGUAUUCUGUCCUUAAAAGACAAGUCACAGAAGCUAAUCUGUGAAUGGCUACAACAGUAUUGUCGUGCCAGUCUAUCCACCAUUCUGUCUACCAACCCAAUACCUUGCCAGCAGGAUUGUCUUAAAGAAGCCUUUCUGAUAAGUGGAGUACUGAUAAAAACAGACAGCAGGGAUCCCAGGUGGCACCUUCUCUACAUAGACACCUUGCUUGCCCGAGGGGACUUGAAGGCAGCAGUUACGCACCUCCUGCGGAUCUUUGGUCAGGAGCCUGGUGACGCAGCAGCCCAGGCCAGGUGGGGAGUAGUGGAGAGUUGGAAGAAAAAUUACAGAUCAGCAGUGAAGUGCUUGAGUGUAGUGUCUGAGAAAGAUACCUCUGUGUUAGUCUUUCUCCUGACUCUCAUUCAGCCUCAACAAAAGACACGUCUAGCACAGGCAGCAUCACAGGAAGCUAGCAGAGUCUCAGAGAGUGGUUUGUGGGAACGUGCAGUGGCUCUGCUGACUGUGGCUGUGCAAGCCCUGGAUGGACAAAGCUCAAAGCUCCAGCACCUGCGCCAGCGGGCAGCAUGCCUAGCACAGCUGGGUCUUCAUGAGCAGGUAGUGUCAGAUCUCGAUAGGGUCAUACUUUCCCACAGCCAGGACAGCAGUGACGAGGCCAAGGUUAAGGCGGAGGAUCUGUGCAGAAGGGCACAGAGUCUGCUGAUGUGCUCCCGAGACGAGGAAGCUCUAAACGACUUCUCUCAGGCUAUGGAGCUGCAUGUAGAGCAGGCACUGCUGUGUGUGGAGGCUGGACCAGGAAGACAUGGCCUAGCCGAACUCUUUCUACGUUUCGCCCUGAAGAAUUUUGGAGAGCAGCAGCUGGACAAGGCCUGGCGCUUCACAGAGAGUGGCUUGAGGGUAGACAGCAACCAUGCUGAGCUGCGCCGUCUCAAAGCCAGAAUUAAACGAGAAUUCUCUGGAACAUGUAUUUCACUCAGUUCAGUUCAUCUGAGUGUGAGGUGCUACAGCAACAUUACUGGCAGCUUCUACUGCAAUUUCCUUAGUGGCUGUAUGCUAAAAGAAAAUGGAAAUCCCUCCAAGGACUUUAAAGAGAUCAUCCCUAUGACCAUAAGACCUGCUCUGAGUGCCUGGGUGUGGUUAGCUGACUAUGACUAA